GAAGAAACCGAGUUUUGUAACUCGCCAAAGCCUCAGCUCCGCCAUAACUCGUUCCCUCCUCUUUAGUUUCUCAAGCAGCAGCAACACCGUACUCUCUCUCCUUUUUUAACUUAAAAUUACUAUUCCUAUCGGAUAAAAUUACAUGGAGAGGCAGAGAAACGACCGCUACGGCGGCGGCGGCGGCAACACCACCAACAGCAACAGUAACAGCAACAGUAGCAGCUACAAUCAAGACUACUCGUACAGUAAUAAUAUUAACAACAGUAAUAAUAGAAGACCUUCUCGCUUCUCCGAUGGACCUACUCCACCGCCUCCUCGAUUCUCCGAUAACCGUUUUUCCGCCAACAACGAUAGCGUCUCCUCCGAGUACGACCACCGCCACCACCGUCGUAGCCCUAAUGAUUACCGUCCUUCUUCAGCUGCCGCUUCUGAUCACCGUGCUUUUGAUAGUCCUCCGCAUCCUCCUCCUUCUCACGGCAGUGCUGGAGGAUUUGUUCCAAUGGGAGCCGGCGGUGGUAUGGAUGGAGGGUUUCGCCCAAUGGGAGGUGGAAAUGGAGGAUUUAUGUCUAAUUAUCCGGCUCCAGCUCCGCUUCCGGAAUUGCGACCUCCUCAGCCUAUCUCCGGUCAAAAACGAGGGUUCCCAUUUUCUGGCCGCGGAAAUUCUCCUGAUCAUGUUGAUGGUGGUGGGUUUGCCAAACUUUUUGUUGGAUCUGUUCCGAGGACUGCUAGCGAAGAAGAUAUUCGCCCCGUUUUUGAACAACAUGGAAAUGUGGUAGAGGUUGCGUUGAUCAAAGAUAAGAGAACAGGACAACAACAAGGCUGUUGUUUUGUAAAAUAUGCAACCUCAGAUGAAGCUGACAGGGCAAUCAGGGCUUUGCACAAUCGACAUACUUUGCCUGGAGGAGUAGGUCCUAUCCAAGUAAGAUAUGCUGAUGGGGAGCGAGAACGUCUUGGUGCAGUUGAGUACAAAUUGUUUGUGGGGUCCUUAAACAAACAUGCUACAGAAAAGGAAGUUGAGGAAAUUUUUUCACCAUAUGGCCAUAUUGAGGAUGUCUAUCUCAUGCGUGAUGAAAUGAAACAAAGUCGUGGAUGUGGAUUUGUUAAGUACUCCCAAAGAGAAACGGCAAUGGCAGCUAUAAAUGCUCUUAAUGGAAUUUACAUAAUGAGGGGUUGUGAUCAACCAUUGACCGUUCGAUUUGCUGAUCCUAAGAGGCCUAGGCCUGGAGAUUCGAGGGGUGGUCCUGCAUUAGGAGGUCCAGGUUUUGGCCCUCAAUUUCAAGCUCCAGGACCUAGGCCAUCCAAUUUUGGUGACUCCAUGAGUGAUCGAGUUCUACCUAAUGCUUGGCAGCCAAUAAGUCCGCAGAAUAUGGGGCCUUCCCCUAAUUCUGGUAUCCGUGGUUUUGGCGGUCAGUUUCCUCCUAUGUCGGGUGAUCUUGCUGCACCUUUGAAUAAGGGUGGUCUCUUUACUGGCCCUUCUGAUGGUGCUCCUUCAGGACAUGCAAUUUCUUCCACAACACAACAGGGUCUUAAUUUGUCUUCACAGCAAGUCCAUCGUGUUGGUCAACAAAUAUCACCAUUGCAAAAAUCCCUCCAAUCUCCUCAGAAUUUUCCACCUUCUCUUCAAUUGAACCCUCAAGUUACAUCUUACUUGCAGACACAAACUUCCCAUUCUGGACAAACGCCUUUUACUCAACCAAUGCCAUCACAGCAAUUUGUUGGCAUGAGUGGUCAGUUGUCUACUCAGCCUCAACACCAACAGGGGAAACGACUACAACCGCCAUUGAAUGCUAACCCGCAGGCUCAUUCUGUGUCUGCUGGUACAAAUCAACAACUGCCUGCUCCGGCCCAGCAGCAAAUGCUGCCACCUGUUCAACAGUCCCCUUCUCAGUUAGCUCAGAUGUUGUCACAACAGACUCAAACUCUGCAAGCUACCUUUCAGUCAUCUCAGCAGGCUUUCUCACAACUGCAACAACAAUUGCAGAUGAUGCAGCCACCAAAUCAAGGUUUAUUGUUGCAGCAAAGUUCCCAGCCUACUAAACAACAGUGGCCAGGGAUUGCACCACAAUCUGUUGCUAGCACUCCUCCUAUUACACAGGCUUCAGAGGUGCCUGCGUCUACUUUAUCUGCUUCUGCUGCACCUGUUGCGCAGUCAAUGACUCCUGUAAAGUGUAAUUGGACAGAGCAUACCUCACCUGAGGGGUUCACGUACUAUUAUAAUAGUAUGACUCGAGAAAGCCGGUGGGAGAAACCAGAGGAGUUGAAUUUGUUUGAAAAACAACCACAACAGCAGCUGCAACAAAAACCCUCAGUUCAACAGCCUCAAACCCAUUCAAACCCUCAAUCGCAGCCCACUCAACAAGUGCCACAAGCACAACAGAUUCCAUAUCAAGCUCAGUUUCAAACACAGUUUCGGCACCAGCACCAGCACCAGCAGAUGCAACAGCUUUCUUUUCCUUCACCGUAUGCUGCUCCUGGAGUUCGAGUCCAACAAGAUGCUCAGGGACAUCAGUCUGCUCAGGAGUGGAUGUGGAAGAAUAAGACUCCAGGUUCAGGAUCAUAAAAUAGAUGAGCACAGUCCAUUCUAGGGAGGCACAUGGGAAAAAGAAGCUGCUAUUUGGUUCCUAGUAAGAGAAUGGUAGCUAACUCGUUCGCUAUACUGGUGCAUGCAAAAGCAGGUACCGCUACGAGCUUGAAUGCAAAAUGAUGCGUGAAACUGGAUUGGUAUCUCAAUCCUCUAGUUUCCUAGGUUAAUUGUGGGAAUUUAGAAUCCCAGUUCAGCAAAUUAAUCAUAUGCAUCAUGAGUGCAUACCACAGGAAAUGCAUUAUGUAACAUUGUGUAUUGUAUUAUGCAGCAGAAGUUCGUUUAGAUUGAUCUUGAGCUUUGAGUAGAAACGUUAAGUGUCAUAAUAAUCAAAAUUAGUUAAUUAAUUAUUGAAACUCCCUUCUACAGGAUAGUUCAUACUUUAA